GCGACUCUGCAGCAUUGUGUGAGCGAAGCAAAGGUGUCUUUCCUGCGACGACUCUGCCACCACAUUGUGCAAGUGUCCUGCCUUGUCAACAAUCCUGACGAACUCCUCACCGAUAUUCCACCGGACGAGUUGCUAGAUUUUGAUCUAGAGACGGUCUUCAAUCUAGCCAACGUCUCUCUAAAGUCCAAGAAAUUUUCACGCCAGCUUGGUCGAGCAAUUUCCAUGAAGACACCUCGCCGCAUCGCAGCCGCUUGGAGCGGUAGCGGUCAUCCUGGUGGUCGGAGCAACGCUCUCUCUGUCGAUCGUAUCGCCGCCUCCAAGGGUGCCAAUACGAUGACAGCGGUUCAGCACUAUUCACCGCUGCCGGAGACAGAGAUAGGCCCCCACCGCGAGACUUCAAACGCACCCUCAACACCGUUGUUAUCUGCGAAACCAAAUAUUGACCCAGAGUCGAUGGUUUCGUCGGAAACUGACGCCAUCGAUCAUCUGACAAUACGCCCUUCUUCCUCGUCACCCUCCUCCACACCGCUGGAGAAACAGCCCACUUCAAGCACUUUCCUACAACCCAUUGCACCGCCACUCCCUUUAUCACAAUCAGCCACCAAGCAGAUUCGCGGCUCCGAAAAACUCUGGUUAGAACAUGAGGUUCCUGAAUUCGCCUCAGACGCUGAGGAUGAUACCGUUAACGGUGGAGAUGCAGAUGAAUAUGACCUUGUCUCCAUUGAUUCCUCUUCUAACAUGGGUCCAUGGCCAGCCUUCCUGCCUAGACCACUGUCCCGGCGCCCAACCAGACUCGGCACUGUUGAUACACCCUCCACAUCCUCUCUGCGUUCCACAUACUCUCUGGAUCCACACGCCGUCAGCGGCAAACAGGAACAUCAAAGCACGUCAGCGACGCUCACCAAAUUUAACCGAUCCUCCGCUGGUGGUGGACUUGGAGGUGACAGUGCCACACGAAAGAGUAUUUGCCGUUCCAUGCUAGAUGGACUACGCACCCUGCGACGCUCCCUGGCUGACCCGAAAUUUACGGCUGCAGAGACAGGACUCGCCCGUGGCCGGAAAUCGGUCUCUGGAUAUGAUCUCGCCUGCCGACCUCGAGUCCCUAUCGCGGAGACCGAGGUGCCAAAUGGUCCCUUGCCUCUGAUUCGACAGUCCACCGCUGCGCCGGGCAACUGUCUCCCUCCGAAAACCCACCAUCGAGCCGAGCUGCUGGGCAGUAAUGGACAUCACGAGGGUAGCCCGAACGACUCUGCGUCCUCUCACAGUAUCGGUAGCUGGAACAGUUUGAUAACUCUUGAUGAAGAAGUUGAGGAAGACGAAGACUGUGCCUCAGCCCGCCGCCGACGUUGCGGCCAUCUCUCGAAGACACCAGUAGAAACAUGCAGUCUCAUCCUACCUUCAAGUUCCUCUGAUCACAAGAAACGUUCCUUCGGCUCCCGUACCCGUAGCAGUAAAUCGACCAAAAAACGUGGUGUUUUUCUUUUGGGCAGCGCCAUUUUUCAUAAACCAGUUGGAGCGGAAGGAUAUCAAUCAGACCUGGCGUCUCGCCGCGACAGCUUCUUCAAGCGUGGAUUUUUGCGCAAGUGA